CGCUGAUAGGAGGACGGUUACGCCGCCUGCCUCCCUCCCUUCCCAUCCUUCCUUCUCCUUCUCCUCUUCGGCCGUGUUUACUACAUGAGRCCGGGGCUUUAAAUUGACGAGUGCGCGCAGAUCUCGUCGUUAAAAAGGCAAUGGAAAAGGAGGAGGAGGAGGCGUAAGGAGGAGGGGGAAAACAGCGAGCCGAGGGAGCGCGUCUGUGUUUACUGCUGGCUUGAUUCAACGCAGCCCAGGCAAAGCUCGCUGGAUGCAGAUGAAGAGGAGGGGAGGCGGAGAGGGGAGCGUGGAUGCUGCUGGUGUUACGCGCAGAAAGGACGUUUUAUUUUUGUGGUUUUUACAAUAAAACAUCAAACUCAAGAGGAAAAGGCUCUCGCGUAACAGAGAUGGACUCCCGCUGAGGCUCCCACUGCUUCAAUCAACUACUGCAGCCCCUCAUGGCGCUUGUUCACGAGCCUCGUGCCCCCUCACCCUCCCUCUCCGGCUUCAACACACCCCUCUCUGACCCCCCGUCUUUUCGCCGCCUCGAUGCCGAAACACCCUGCACACCCGAAAUGGACCUGACCCCGACCCAGUGUGUCCUCAGAAACGUCCUCUCCAUAGACACCGGGGGUGCUCAAGAACCUGGGGUAGGCGGAGGAGGAGGAGGAGGAGGAGGAGGAGGAGGAGGAGAGGGAGGAGGAGAGGGAAAAACUCCCGGACACGACCAGACACCCAGUGAUGAACAACAGGAGCACUUUGCCAACAGCGUGCUGAAACUGCACGAGCACGAUGGUGGAAGGACAGAGGGAGAGGGCCAGGAGCUGGACACCUCUGUGGUCAGGGGCCAGGCGGACGACACCAGGUUACAGUGCCAGUCCACGGGAGGGGGCGGGGGGUUCCUGGAGGGGUUGUUUGGGUGCUUGCGACCUGUCUGGACUAUGAUCGGCAAGGCUUACUCCACAGAGCACAAACACGACCUGGACGAGGAGUGGGAGGUCCCAUUUGAGGAGAUAUCGGACCUGCAGUGGGUGGGCAGCGGAGCCCAGGGUGCUGUCUUCCUCGGCAGACUGCACGGACAGGAAGUGGCCGUGAAGAAAGUGCGAAACAUCAAAGAGACCGACAUCAAGCACCUCCGGAAGCUCAAACACCCCAACAUUAUCACUUUCAAAGGGAUCUGUACCCAGGCUCCUUGUUACUGCAUCAUUAUGGAGUACUGUGCCCAGGGACAGCUGUACGAGGUGCUGCGAGCAGGCAGAAAGAUCACGCCGUCCCUGCUCAUGGACUGGGCCAUGGGCAUCGCUGGAGGCAUGAACUACCUGCACCUACACAAGAUCAUCCACAGAGACCUCAAAUCACCCAACAUGCUCAUCACCUAUGACGAUGCUGUGAAGAUAUCUGAUUUCGGUACAUCAAAGGAGCUGAGUGACAAAAGCACCAAGAUGUCUUUUGCUGGGACCGUAGCCUGGAUGGCUCCUGAGGUCAUCCGGAACGAACCCGUUUCAGAGAAGGUGGAUAUUUGGUCGUUUGGCGUUGUGCUGUGGGAGAUGCUGACGGGGGAGGUGCCCUACAAGGACGUGGACUCCUCUGCUAUCAUCUGGGGAGUGGGAAACAACAGUCUGCAGCUGCCGGUACCUGACAGCUGUCCAGACAGCUUCAAACUGCUCCUGAAGCAAUGCUGGAACUGCAAACCAAGAAACAGACCUUCGUUUCGACAGAUACUUCUUCAUCUGGACAUCGCCUCUGCAGAUAUUUUGUCAACACCACAAGAAACCUACUUUCAAUCACAGGCGGAGUGGAGGGAUGAGGUGAGACACCACUUUGAGAAGAUCAAGUCUGAGGGGACAUGUCUUCACCGGCUGGACGAGGAGCUGAUCAAACGGCGUAGAGAAGAACUCAGGCACGCUCUGGACAUCCGGGAGCAUUACGAGCGGAAACUGGAGAGAGCCAACAAUCUUUACAUGGAGCUCAAUGCUAUCAUGCUACAGCUGGAGAUUAAAGAGAAAGAGCUGCUCAAGCGGGAGCAUUCGCUUGACAAGAAGUAUCCGGGCUGCUUCAAGCACCACAGCUCCAGACAGUCGGCCUCCUCCAACUCGAUGGAGAAACUCAUGAAGAAACGGAACGURCCUCAGAAACUGCCCUCCCACAGCAAGAGACCAGACCUACUUAAGUCCGAGGUGAUUCUCCCCAAACUGGACUCAUCCAUGACCCAGGUCACCAUCCCCAACAAGGGCUCCACCUCUCCUGGUCGCUCUCGCCGGGGAAAACCUCGCUACCGGAAGGCUGGGAAAGGCAGCAGCGGCGACCUGGCUCAGCUUAAAGCCACCCUGUCUUCAUCGUUAGCAAUGAUCAACGCCACCUCAUCUGUUCCCAGCAGCAAACACCGACUGGACCCCAGCGCGGCCCUCAGGGGUCUGCAGCAUGACCUGCUGCUCAAAAAGAUGUCGUCCUCCAGCCCGGAUCUUAUUUCAACCACCCUGGAGGUGGAAGAGCGGAGGAGGGGGCAGAUGAGGCCGGGGCUGGACCGGGCGGGCAGUCAGAGUGCCUCAGCUGGGUUGGAGGACAGUAGGGGGACGAACGGGCCAGAAGAUGGACCAGAUGUUGGGGUGGGGGCCGACGACCUGGCCGAAACACCUCCACGCAGUGACACGCCCAGCGAAGACGCGGCAUCUAUUCCCUUCUCCAGCAGCCCGGAUUCACCGUGUGGAAGAGGGGCGGCGGCAGGGAGGUCGUCUGUCCUCGGGAACGCUCGGGUUCCCCACGAGGGAGACGAGAAGGAAGAGGGGCCGGUGAUCACGCGCUCCCCCAGAAGUCAGCGCCUCACUCCUUCAGCGCUGCUCUACAGGGCUGCCGUGACACGCAGUCAGAGACGUGGCGUGUCAUCAGAGGAGGAGGAGGGAGAAGUGGACAGUGAAGUGGAGCUGCCACGAAGACGGCGACCAGUGAGCAUCACCAAAUGUCAGUCUCUGUCAAACUUCAGCUUAGAGAACUUAUCGGUUUCGGACGGAGAGGAGGGAAACACCACUGAUCACUCCCACAGCGGCACGCCUGACGUAGUCAGCACCAACACGGACGAGCGCCUGGACGACAAAAGCGACGACUUGCUGUCUCAGGGCUCCGAGAUUCCUGCCGACCCCUCCGACCCGACCCAACUGGGCUCCGACGGCUUGUCUGAGAAGGAAGCUGUCCUGCGACAAGUGAAGACGCAGCUCGCUUCAAGUGAACACAACUACGAGGCGCUGUAUGAUGACUCGGAUUGUGACAGUGCAGAGUUGGACCACUCAUGCAGUGCAGAACCAAGUCAACCUCCAACCAACUGGUGAAAAACCAAACAUUUGGCUUCUUGGACCUGUUUAAUACUGACUCAAAAAAGAAAAAAAAACAUCGUGUUGGGGCUUUAACAAGAAAUGAAAACUGGUCGUACUGGAAAUCUGAUUUAACCCACAAUGAGAAUGUGAACCUUUAAUGGAACACGAGCUGCUUGGACAGGAAAAACAACCUUGUGUUUUUUUUCCCUCCAUGGCAACAGGCCGAAGAUCAAUUUUAUGAAAAUGCAUCAAACUACACCUCAGUGACACUCGACUGGAGGUCAGGAAAAAGACUGUUUGUUACCGUUAGUCAUCUUCCAUGUUGAUUUUUAUAUAUCAUUAAUAAAUGUGUCAUCCUAAUUCGUUUGACAUAAAGAUAAAUAAGGCAAUUCUUUCAGGGUGUUUGCAGCAAAUGCAAAUAGCAACAUAACUCUGAAGUACUGGAGCUGCAACUCGCACUUGAUUUUUUGUGUCGUAACACAUUUUGUUUAAUAUUAUGCACUAUUCCUUUAAGCGUGAAAAAAUGCUUCAUUUUGCAGUUCUUUAUAUUUAUGUAAUAAUGUCUCCAUUUUCUACUUUAUUUUAAUAUUAUUGUAAAUAUUAAAAAAUGAUGUAAAAGGAACAAAUUUUUUAAUUGUAAGAUUGUAUAACUUAAGGUGCUGAUGUUUCUCUGUAGGUGGCACUGUUCUAUUUGAAGCUGAAAAAGCUUUUGUUAGUCGAAUGUAACUGCUGUAGCUGCUGUUCAUGUCUGAUCAUCGGUGGUGAGAGGAACAAAUUGGUGCUGCCAAGUGUUUAGCAGUAAAAGAUUUUUUUAAAAAAGUUUCAAAAUAUCUCCUGAGACUUUCGAAGGGUGUAAUUUAUUCAUAGAAACGCAUGCUUGUAAAGGUAAGAGUAAAUGUAAACCUCUUGGAUGUUUCAUUCAAACACUUUGURAUUAAUCCAAAUUAAAUAUUAGACUUGAGAAAGAGAGCAGAUAUUUAAAACCCGACAUGAACUAAAAAAAAAAAAUCUCUGAAAUGUUCCAUCUCACAAACAGGAGCAAUGUGCCAGUGUAAAUAACACUAAAAGAUUUUUUUUAAAAAGAAAUUAGAUACACGUAAGCACCAUUUUGCAUCUCUAAUCAUUUCUUUCUAGGAUUAUUCACUGUUGGCAUAUUUAUACAGCAAGUCUACAAAUACUUAACACAACAGAAUUUAACUGCAGUUUUAUUCACUUGUUCAAAUCCAAGCAAGACAUCCUGCUUUGCUCACUCAGAAUAAGACGAUUUUACACCAACAUAGACUUUUUCAAGUUUGCACUAACGUUACCCUCACAGGGAAGAUGUGGACUCGUUGUUGGUCUGUUUCUCAGUCAUGUUUGUGGGGGCUUCUUUAAAACAGAAUGGUGCUGAUGUCCUUGAAAAACUUCUUACUGUACAUUUGAGCUUAUUUACUCAAUAAUCCAUCAGGUCAAUCAAUAAGCUAGAAGGGUUUUUAUUUUUUAGUCAGGAUUUAGRUGUUUUAAGUUUACAUUUGUAGAGCCUUUAUGAACUUAUGUCCCCCAAGAUCUGAAAGCAAGAAAUCCGUUAUCAGGAUGAAAUGUUGCCAACAGGGUAAACUGUUGCCCUCUAGUGUUUUAGUCAUGGAGGUAUUUCCGUUUCCCAGGAUGCUGAUUGUAACACCUGGCUGGAUUGAAAUGUGGGCUUUUAUAUAUAYAUACAGCAUUAAUGUAACUGUACAAUAAAUAUAUUUAAGAAAUAAUUUAAAAUAAACUCAGACUUGUAAAAUCUCAA